AGUCUAACUACCUGCUUUAAUCCACACUAACCUGAUUAUGUUACGCGUGAUAUAUAUAUAUAUAUAUAUAUAUAUAUAUAUAUAUAUGUAUGUUUGUGACAAAUAAUAUUUAAUGUCACAUUUUUAUGAGAUACUAUUUUGAAAGGACGACACAUCUCUUCGAAUUUAAUUUAUUAAUUAUUUAUUUUCUUAAUUAAAAAUGGAAAAAACGAUCAGUAAAAUACUUGAUGUGUCUUGGAGAUUCGGUGUAACCGCAGCAAAUAGUGAUUCGGACAAAGUUGGCAAAUCUUUUCUGCAGCUAAAAUUAUGUCUCGAUGAAGGUAACAGAAUAAAAGAUCACUUCAUCGAGAUGAGUAUCCCUGAAUUUUAUAAAUUUUUGCAUGAUCUAGAGAAAGCAAAGAUUAAUCUCGACUUAUUAGUUUGAAUAUCUUAAUUAUAUAUAAAAGUAAUAUAAAUGUUAUACCAUCAACGUACAAUUACUUUAAUGUUAAUUAUAAUAUAUAAGUAACAUGUUAUCUUUUGUUGAAAUCAAUGUUAAAAUAUA